AUGAAUCCAGGCCCACGGAUCCGGGCCCGCGGAUCCAGGCCCACGGAUCCAGGCCCGUGGAUCCAGGCCCACGGAUCCAGGCCCAUGGAUCCAGGCCCACAGAUCCAGGCCCACAGAUCCAGGCCCAUGGAUCCAGGCCCACAGAUCCCGGCCCACAGAUCCAGGCCCAUGGAUCCAGGCCCACAGAUCCGGGCUCACGGAUCCAGGCCCAAGGAUCCAGGCCCACAGAUCCGGGCUCACGGAUCCAGGCCACGGAUCCAGGCCACAGAUCCAGGCCCACAGAUCCAGGCCCACAGAUCCAGGCCCACUGAUCCGGGCCCACGGAUCCGGGCCCACAGAUCCAGGCCCACGGAUCCAGGCCCAAGGAUCCAGGCCCAAGGAUCCGGGCCCACAGAUCCAGGCCCAAAGAUCCAGGCCCAUGGAUCCAGGCCCAAGGAUCCAGGCCCAAGGAUCCGGGCCCACAGAUCCAGGCCCAUGGAUCCAGGCCCACAGAUACAGGCCCACGGAUCCAGGCCACAGAUCCAGGCCCACGGAUCCAGGCCCAUGGAUCCAGGCCCACGGAUCCGGGCCCAUGGAUCCGGGCCCACAGAUCCCGGCCCACAGAUCCCGGCCCACGGAUCCAGGCCCACAGAUCUGGGCCCAUGGAUCCAGGCCCACAAAUACAGGCCACAGAUCCAGGCCCAUGGAUCCGGGCCCACGGAUCUGGGCCCACAGAUCCAGGCCACAGAUCCGGGCCCACGGAUCCAGGCCCAAGGAUCCAGGCCUGCAGAUCCAGGCCCACAGAUCCAGGCCCAAGGUUCCGGGCGCAAGGAUCCAGGCCCAGGGAUCCAGGCCCACAGAUCCAGGCCCACAGAUCCAGGCCCACGGAUCCAGGCCCACAGAUCAUGGCCCAAGGUUCCGGGCCCAAGGAUCCAGGCCCACGGAUCCGGGCCCACAGAUCCAGGCCCACGGAUCCAGGCCGUGCCCAGCGGAAUGCCAGUUCCUCCCCACGCCGUCCCAUCUCCAUCCCUGGAUGAGGCUCAGCGCUAA